AUGCCUGACGUGGCGACUAACGGUCAGGCCACAAGGCGGCGCGGGUCCCUCAAAGCCCUCUUUAAUAAAUAUGCUGUCGACUGGGGUGUGCUGCUGCUCAUAGUCGCUGGAGCUAUUGCCGUCAAUUUUAUUGAGCCGUUUCCAAGAUUCGUGGAUUCCGAGGACAUGGAAGGGUUGAUGUACCCGUUACUGGAUAACACCGUCCCAUCAUGGGCUGUCCCGCUGAUCGCUCUGGCUCCCGCUGCCAUCGCGUUUCUCGUUCACUACGCCAUCCGCAAGGACAUUGUGGACAUCCACCACUCCGUGCUAGGCCUGCUCUUCGCCUUCUUCUCCACCAUUCUCAUCACCGAUGCUCUCAAGGUCUCGGUUGGCCGCCCCCGCCCCGACUUCUUCAUCAGAUGCUUCCCCUCAGGAGUCCCUGUGUACAGCAGCAGUGGCAACGCGUUGUGUAACGGCAUCCCAUCCGUUGUGAGUGAAGGAAGAAAGAGCUUCCCAAGCGGACAUGCAUCGGUGUCCUUUUCAGGCUUGGCCUAUCUCUCCUUCUUUCUAGCAGCCAAGCUCCACUCCCUCUCCUCCUCCGCCACUCACCUCUGGCGUUUGCUGCCCCCUGCGCUGCCGCUCGUGGGAGGAGUGGCCGUCGGAAUCACACGCAUCGAUGACUACUGGCACUUCCCAUUUGACGUGUUUGUGGGCAGCCUCAUCGGCAUCUCUUUUGCUGCGAUCUGCUACUUCAUGCACUACCCAUCUCUGCGCCAUGACUACU